AUGGAGAAACUUGCUCAGAUCGUGAACUAUUCGAUUGAGUCCGACCUCUACGCGGACAUCCGUCAUAAAAAACCAGAGGACCCGGAGCCUGAUCCAACCGCAGAACGACUAGUAAAGGAAUCGCGCAAGGACGUGAUCUUCUCCGACAAGAAGUUCUGGGACGGGGCCAGAAUCGAACAGGUUCGCCAACAUUUUGCCGACUAUCUCCGUGCUAGUAAAGAGCGCGGCUAUGGUCGAUUUGAAGGAUGCCUUAUCAUUAAUGAACAAUCACUCAAGUCGAUUGUUGCUAGUCCUCUUCCUCGCCGGGGGGAGGGCCCUCAAAGGCACAGUCAACCUUAUGGGUUCGUUGGGAUGAUCGAUGGACGGUAUCCUGAGACGCGGUAUAAUCCGCAAUACACUGGCUUCAUGCGGGUUGAACUUCCUUGCUUGUGGCCUCUCUAUGGGGAGUUGACCAGUAAGUACAUGUGGGAACUGUGUCCCUCUGUUCCUGAGGGCUUAAUCCCUGUUUAUGAUGGUGGAACUGGGAAAUCGCAUGAUGAAGAGGGAAAUACCCGUCCGAUUGCGACAGAUCGGAGAGUUCGGCUAUUUUGA